CUGUAGUGUAAAUGUAGCUUAAGACUGAAGGGAAUCGAAAAAGAUGUGAACGAGUUCACCGCUAGGAACAAGUUAUUGGAAAAUACUUUUUACGGGUUCUUGUUUUUGCCACUAGAUGACGAUGGAUGGUGAGUGGAUUGGGUCAUUUUAGGUAAACCGGUUCCAACCAGCGUUUUUUUCUUUCUUUUACGGCAGCUCAAAUAGCGACAUACAGUAUCAUAAAAUAAGGGACGCGCUAAAAAAUACAAUUUAUAACAUGUAAAAAUUUGAGUGUAAAAACCUUUGGAACUAUAAAUUAGGAUAGUUGGGAAAACAAAAUCCAAGUACAGGGUUUGGAUCCAGGGUUUGCUAUGUCGACGUCUAAUGUACUGUUGCUCUCUAUUCGUACGCCGAGUUUUGAUCGAUUUGUCCUUAUCGCGUCCUAUAUGAUCGGUCAGUGUGUUUUUGAGUGUGUCAGUAGCAGUGUCUCUUCGAGUACAACUAGGAUAAUGAAGUUUCUUGCUGUAUGUCUAUGCUUUGCAGUUUUCGUUUCGGACAGUUUCGGUUGCAAUUCUUUGUUGCGACGUGAUACUCCUUACAAAGCAUCGUCAGCUAAAAAAGAGCGGUACUGUAGCAUAAAAGGAUUACCAUAUUCCAAAAUUCGUCGGGGGCCACUCAUUUGGCGAGAUGAGUUCGAUCACUUGGACCACAGCAAAUGGACUCCAAUGAUCAGCGGCUGGCGUGGAAGCAAUGCGUUUCAAAUCUAUGUCAACCGAAGCCAAAAUAUCUACGUUCGCGACGGUAAUUUGUUUAUCAAACCGACAUUCACAGCCGACCGCUACGGCCCCGAGUUUCUUUACAAUGGGACGAUCGAUUUAACUCUUGAAGGAUGCAACGUCAACUGGGGAGGGGGAUGCAUUGUAAAAUCCGGUGACGACAUAAUUCCGCCCAUUCAAUCCGCACGAAUUCACACGAGAAACUCGUUCAGCUUUACCUACGGCUUUGUUGAAGUUCGCGCUAAAAUGCCCAAAGGCGACUGGAUAUGGCCAGCUAUUUGGAUGUCACCUACCGAUUCCGUCUACGGAAGUAAUCCCCGAUCGGGAGAAAUCGACAUAACAGAAGUCAGAAGUAACGUUAAUCUCUCGUGUGGUAGUAAGUCUUACGGAAGGCAAUUAAGUGGUACCAGCUUACAUUGGGGACCCGAUUCUCAUCAUAACGGUCACAGGUUAACAUAUUGGCAAAAAGUUCAAAGGAAUCCAGAUUUCUCAUCAGAUUUCCAUAUCUUCGCAAUGGAAUGGCUACCGAUAGGAUUCAAUUUCUAUGUAGACGAUGACCUAAUUGGACACGUAAGUCCUCCGGAGGGUGGCUUCUGGAAAAUGGGCGGCUUUGAAGGGCAAAACAUUUGGAACAUUACGGGUAACGGUACCCGAAUCGCCCCUUUUGAUCACCCUUUUCAUUUUAUCCUGGAUGUUGCGGUUGGUGGCGACAUGUUUCCAGAUUGGUGCAUCAACCAGCCUUUCGACCAACCACUUGAAAAACCAUGGAAAAUAUCGGAUCCAGUUCAGAUGCGUCCAUUCUGGGAGAAAAGAAUGGACUGGUUGCCCACCUGGAACCCAGAAACAGAGGACAACGCCAUGCGCAUUGACUACAUUCGCGUUUAUGCUGUUGAUCAACAUCAUCGUUCUCAUGGAUAGGUUAUGGCAAGAUCAUGUGAGAUGAAAUUCAAACUUCAUGUUUGAACGAAUUUUCGCUACAAAUUGACAAGAUCAAUAAUAUAAAGUAAAAUAUAAAAUAUUAUGAUAUAUGAUUUGAUCACCAAACAAUUAGGUGUAUUUCUGCCUAAUUAUACACCACUCUGUAAAUGAA